AAAAAGAAAUCUCAAAAGAAAAUAAAAAAGUCGUCUUUUUCUAUUUUUAAAGAAACGAAAAUAUAGAACAAAAAGUUGUCUCACAGAGAAGUUUCGUCUCUUGGGAGAGAGAUCUGAUCGGCUCAUAAAACAAUUCUUUCGUCUUCCUUUUCUUCUAAAUUUUCUCAAAUUCUAAAUCUUUUCUGUGGAAUAGAAUUCACAUUCCAAUUUUUUAAAGAUCUUUAAUAAUUUGAACUGUGAAUAAGAAUCCCUCCCAAAGGAACAGAAAAAAAAAAAUCUAAAAGCAUUUCUUUUUUUAUUAAGGAGAAAACAAAACAAAAGAUGGAUAGUUUGUGUCUGAAUACAAGCUUACACGGCGUCAUUCCAGCGAUCAAAGCGGUUGGAAGCGGCAUAAGCGGUUGCGGUGGAGUUGUCGAAGUUAGAGCAAACGCAGCGGCGCCAUCGCGCAAAAGAGGACCUUUUGGAUUCUCUUUCAAGCACCCAUUGACGCCGUUUUGGUCUCGCGGUGGUGGAAUUGCGUCGAGGAGACGUAGCGGCUUGGCUUUGGACGACGCCGUUUUGGUUGAUUCGAGAACGCCAAUCGCAGAGGAAACGCCGGCGGUGGAAAUGGAGACGGAGAGGCGAAAUGGGAGCUGGGUUUUGAAGAUUUUAGAUGUGCAAUCUUUGUGGAGAGACGGAGAGGUAAUAGUAGAAGAAGAAAAAGAGGAGGAUGAUGAAGAUGAGGAAGAAGAGGUGAAGGGGGAAGCAAACGACGCCGUAUCACCUGAAGAGGAAGAUGGUGGAUGUGAUGUAUGUUACGAAGAAAACAAAUUUAAGCUGGACAGAGACUCAUUCUCUAAAUUGCUGAAAAGGGUUUCCUUGCACGAAUCAAAACUUUAUGCUCAAAUGUCAUAUCUGGGAAACUUGGCAUAUUCGAUUUCUAAAAUAAAGCCUGCGAAUCUCUCCAAGUAUUACGGUCUUAGGUUCGUUACUUCAUCAGCUGAGAAAACAGAGUUGGCUCUAAAGGCUAAAGUUUUAAAUGAGACCAAACCAAAGGAGGAAGAAGAAGAAGUUAAAGGCGGAGAGGAGGAGAAGGACAAAAGUCGAAAGAUUAGUGCUUCUGCUGCAUAUGAGAUGGUUGCAUCAGCUGCUUCUUACCUCCACUCUCGCACCAACAACAUUCUUCCUUUCACUUCCUCAUCCAAAAACGAAAAUUCAGACAAAAGGGACGAGAAUUCAUCGUCAGAGGUUGCUUCUUGUUUGACCGAUUCUGUUACUUCUGUUGUUGCUGCUGAAGAAGAUGUGAAACAAGCCGUUGCUGAUGAUUUGAAAUCAACAAUCUCCUCUCCUUGCGAUUGGUUUAUAUGCGACGAUGAUCAAACUCUCACUAGAUUCAUUGUCAUUCAGGGAUCUGAGUCUCUAGCUUCUUGGCAAGCAAACCUACUCUUCGAACCAAUCGAAUUCGAGGAACUAGGUGUGAUUGUUCACAGAGGAAUAUACGAAGCUGCUAAAGGAAUGUAUGAACAAAUGCUACCUGAAGUCAAAUCCCACUUCAAAACCCACGGAAACAGAGCUAAGUUCCGUUUCACCGGACAUUCACUAGGAGGAAGCUUAUCUUUACUACUAAACCUAAUGUUACUUGUUCGAGGCCAAGUACCUGCUUCUUCUCUACUCCCUGUUAUAACAUUCGGUGCGCCUUUUGUACUAUGUGGAGGCGACGGUCUUCUCAAAAAGCUAGGCCUUCCUAAAAGCCAUGUUCAAGCUAUUACAAUGCACCGUGACAUUGUCCCAAGAGCUUUCUCUUGUAACUACCCUUACCAUGUAGCAGAGCUUCUCAAAGCUGUAAACGGCAACUUCCGUAGCCAUCCUUGUCUCAACAAGCAGAGUAUGUUGUAUUCUCCCAUGGGAGAGCUUCUGAUCCUUCAGCCUGAUGAAUCAUUCUCUCCCGGACACGAGCUUCUUCCUCCGGGAAACGGUUUGUAUCUUCUUGAAGACACGGAGGAGGAGGAAGAGAGGUUAAGAGCCGCGCAGACGGUUUUCUUGAACACGCCGCAUCCUCUCGACAUUCUUGGCGACAGGGCGGCUUACGGGUCGAGCGGGACAAUACAGAGGGACCAUGAUAUGAACUCUUAUCUGAAAGCGGUUAGGAGUGUGAUAAGAAAAGAAGUGAGUCAGAUAAGGAGGGAGAAGAGGGAGCAUCGCCGGAGUCUCUGGUGGCCUAUUCUGGUGGCUAGGGAAAGCGGCGGGGGGAGCUCGGGGGUUGCGAUUGGUAACGGACAAAUAAACAACGGUCAAGAUUUCUCGGGGAUGAUGAAGACAGGGAGGAAGUCGUUGCAGAGGUUUAGCCGCCUUGUGGCGUCUCAGCAUAUGCCUUUGAUCGUUGUUCUGUUGUUUCCCGUUAAGUUGAUGCUCCUUAACGUCUUUAGUUUCCGUUGAAAAAUUGUUUGUUUUCUGGCGGGUUAAAAGUCGUUGGCUUAUACCGGUUUAGACCGGUUUAGUCCAUUCUUUAUUCAUGUAUAUUUUGUUUGUUUGUUGUGGGCCCAUUGGAAGCUUUUUCUUGUUAGAUUCAUUGGUUUCAUGCGUAAAGAUUGUGGAAAAAGUUUAUAACAAGUGGGCAAAACCAAUUUGAUUAGUUUAGAAUCUUAGAUUGGCCAGCAAUCAGCUAUGUGUGUGCAAAAAUCAUACUUAAGGUUUCUUUCCUUUUGACUAGUGACAUUAAUCUUUAUUAAGAUAGCGAAAGCAUGAGAUCUACAAAUCAUUCCAACUUCAAUUAUUGUGAGAAUGGGAAGAUAUUUGUGAAACUGUGACAUGGUUUGUAUCAGCGAAUUAUUUAUUUUUGUCGUAUCAGAUCAUCGAAUUUGGAUUAGUCGCAUUCUAUUUUGC